ACUUGACGUUUUGUCUAAAUUGCCUGCUAUUAUUCUUUUUAGAUAGCUUGUGCAGAAUAACGUCCAGAGGGCAAACAAGAGACAUCUUAGGCUACGGAUUCCAAGCAAGCUGGAGCGAGCCGGUAGCACGCAAUCCUACAGAAGCAUUUACUUGGCCGAGAGCGUCAAUCCAAGGCGUUUAAUCCUUUGAUCAAUGCACUUUGAACACAUCGGUUUUUCCCUUCCCAAUUACAGAGACACAAUGCAGUGCGAACAUUCUUUAAAACAGUUUGCAUGUCCCCUCUGCUGGGCUUUUCAUGUCGGCUACAAUAAUCCCUCCCUAAAAACGAGGAGCUGGACGCAUAAGAUGCCACGCUGGUCAAUACAUGUGCCAUGAGGAGUGGAGGAGAUCUAUGCUAAAGCCAAACAUAUUAAAACAGUUCACCUGGAAACAUUUCACGGGUCACGUUGAGCCCAUGCGGUGGUCCAUGCUAGCCCUGCUGCUCCUGUCCUGCAGCGAGAUGUUUGCCCAGUGCCCAGGUGACGUCUGCCCGCAGAACACCCACCGCGAUCUCACGUCCAACUCCUCGCCGACCGUGGAUCCCAAACUCUUCAACAAGAGGCGGUAUCGCUCACCCCGAGUUCUUUUCAGCGAACUACCGCCCGACUCUGAACCGAGGAGCAGGGCCAAGAGAAGAGCGGGCCAACCUCAACACCGGGGAGUUUAUUCCGUCUGUGAGAGCGUCAGCCUCUGGGUGGGCAAUAAAACCAAAGCCACAGACAUUUCUGGCAACGAAGUCACGGUCUUACCUGACGUAAACAUUAACAACAUCAAUAAAAAGCAGUACUUUUUCGAGACGACGUGCAGCGGCGGGAGGACCGGAGGUUCUGGGUGCUUGGGAAUCGACGCGCGCCAUUGGAACUCGUAUUGUACCAAUUCGCACACGUUUGUGCGGGCGCUGACUUCAUUUAAGAACCUGGUUGCGUGGAGACUGAUUCGGAUUAACGUUGCUUGCGUGUGUGUGCUCAGUCGUAAAUCGUGGAGACAGUGAGGUGAUGUUGCUUUGAGGUCAACAUGCCUUGUCAGUGUGGGUUUAUUAAAAUCUAGCUUAAUAAUCCAAAGUCGUCCAUGUGAUAUCAAAUGGAUGCUGAACAUUUUCUAUGUGCACGCCAUUAACAGAACCCAUGACAUAACAGAACCCAUGACAUAAAACAGACCGUCUGCUGGGAUAAAUAUGAUGUGCUCCUUCUCUAUGGAAUCCACAGUGGAAUGUAGGAUAUGGACUUCAGUGUUCACGAUUGUUUUUUAAAUUCUUUUUUAUGAGUUUUGUGUUUUUGGGAAUAUUGUUAUUGCCUACAGCAGUAUGAGAACUAAGGUGGUACCGCAUGUAAAUAUGUUGUUUGUUGUAAUUGUUAUUUAUUAAACAUAGCAUUAUUGGAUAGUUUUUUGUGGGCUCUUCAGUUUACAAACUAUAAAAGGAAUUCCGUCAUUAUUUAUUCACCCUCAGGUCAUUCCAAAUCUGUUUUUAUCCGUGGAACACAACAGAAGAUAUUUUGAGAAACGUCUCAGUGGUUUUGCAUCCAUACAAAGUCAAUGGGGUCUAGUGUUGUAUGGUUGCCACAUUCUUCAAAAGAUCUUGUUUUGUGUUCAGUAGAAGAACGAAAAUCUAACAGAUCAGUAAUGACAUAAGGAUUAAUAAAUUAGGUUAAAAAAAAUUGGGGUGUGAAUCAUCCGUAUAAUUUUACAAACCUCCAACUUAACCAAUGACGGAACAAAGAGAAUGUUCAAUCAUUUUUAAUGAAACAUUAAGCUUUGUAAACAUCAUCCAUGGCAGUAUGUUGAGUAAAGAAAGCAUCCCUACAGCUUGCCACGGACAGCCAUGUUGUAACAGACAUGUUUUAUUUUUGCAGACAAAUUAAUUAAAUUAAAAUGUAUUUAUAUAGCACUUUUUUAUAAUUGUGCAUAGUUGCAAUGCAGCUGUAAAGAA